AGGAGUAACCGAGCAUAUACAGACUUCCCACCUACUCUGUCCUUCAGCCUCAUUUAACGACUCACGGCAACAAGUAGUAGUGCAUCAAUUCCAAAUUAGCUGGAGCCGCCUAAUACGAAAAUCAUCAAUUUCCAUAUUAGUGAACGAUUAUAAGAGAUCUUCAACAGCUGAACUUUUUUUAAAUCCAUCCAUUCUCGUCUUUCUUCAAUUCUCCAGGCUCCAGCUAAACUCAUUUUCCGUCUUCUUGAACCGACGAUCUAUCGGGAAUAGCCCUCUGGAUAAGGUCUGCGUACACACUGCCCUCUCCAGACCCAACUUGUGAGAUUUUACUGAUUGUUGUUGUUAUUGUUGUUGUACAAUUAUGUCAAGCUUGAUGGGCCCAAAUGGUUUGGUCUUGGCAACAGCCAUGGUUGUCUCUGCCGGCACUGUUAUUCUUUUUGAUCUUCUUCAGGAAAAGUAUUUGUCAACUAUUCAGUUUGAACUUACAAACAAUAAACAAGAAUAUUCACCACAUGGAAAGUAUAUACUCAAGUCUUGUUUAUCUUCAGGUGGAAAGAAGAAAGAUUCAAGCAAGAAGAAAAAGAAGAGAGUUCAUUUUGCAGCUAAUGUGAAAGAUUCAAAUGGAAAUGGCGAGGAAUAUAGAAGGGAAUUUAAUAAAUAUUAUAGCAAAGUUCUUAGUAAUUCUUGUGGUAUGCCAGAGGAAAGUAGAACUUUGUACCCUGGGAUUCUCAAGGAUCGGGUGCAUCGCAUGGACUUCACUUAUUGAUCAGUAAAAAAAGGAAAUAUUAAAUAAAUAAAAAAUUGAAAUUGAGAUAGGAAGAUUUAGGCUCUCCCAAUUUGGUUGUAGAUAAAUCAUGAUGUAUGAACAUUACUUUAGAAUGAAUAUCUAGUCGAUUGUUUUCUGCCAAUGAAAUUAACAACAUUUAAUUUAUUACUUGAACCA